UGGUGGUACUUUUAAAUAAGCUUUUUUUUUUUUUUUUUCAAAGAAAAAAGUUUAUUUCCUUAUCCCUCUGCACUUCUGCAGGUAUUUCAUAAAACCCUAAUUCCAUAAAGCUCCAUCUUUAGUUCCACCCCCUACCCUGUUUCUCAGAUUAUCAUUGCCGACUUCUGAGUUCCCCAUCUCCAUCUUCAGUCGUCGCCCAUUCCAUAGAGAUAAAGAAGGGAGUAUUCCAUGGAUGUGGACAUGAUGAAAUCAUCAGAAGAUCACAUGGACGUGAUGACAAUGAUGAUGCAGAUGGAAAAGCUUCCUGACUUCGGUGAACCUUUCCACAACUCCUCCAUCUUUUCUGAAAGCCAAUUCUAUAAUGAUACUGUUACAGGGUAUGAUCAUACCGACACUAAUGAACAAGAUCCCAACAAAACUUUAGAGUGUCCAAAUGUGUCUUCCGAGCUUAAUCCUUUUAUAAGCUUACAACCUUUCAUGGGAAACCCUGUUCAACAACCCAUGAGGAAUCCACCUCUCCAACCUAACAUGGUCACAGGCAAGUCCAAGUAUCCGGAUGCCUUCUCAAACCCGAAUUCUUAUUCGGAUAAGAGAAACUCCAUGGCAACAAUGAGGGAGAUGAUCUUUCACAUAGCCGCAAUGCAGCCAAUCCAUAUUGACCCGGAAUCCAUCAAGCCUCCGAAGAGAAGGAACGUGAAGAUCUCGAAGGAUCCACAGAGCGUGGCUGCGAGGCAUAGACGGGAACGGAUAAGUGAGAGGAUAAGGAUACUUCAGAGAAUGGUCCCCGGAGGAACAAAAAUGGACACGGCUUCCAUGUUGGAUGAGGCAAUUCAUUACGUCAAGUUCUUGAAGAAACAGGUGCAAUCUCUAGAACAGGCUGCUGUCAACAGACCACCCAUGGGAGUGGGAUAUCACGGUGUGCAACAAUGUCAAACGGGGGUUUCUCCUCGCUGGUGAAGUUAAGGUUUGCGUGCCCGCCGGCCCACCUGCCGUCUCAAGCUACCGGAGGCAAUAGAUAAUGGAUUAGUAUGGCAGUUAAUUAGUCAGAUUGGAGUAAUGGUGUUGCGAUGUGCUUUCGAGAAGUAUUUGUAAUAUUAAAAAGCAAAACUUGAUUUAAUCUCUUUAAUAUCACAAGAAUAGAUUCUGUUGUAUGCU